UUUUUUCAUACCUAUAUCGUAAAGAAGAAAACUAAUAAAAUUAAAGAAGAUGUAUUCCAUACGAAAAGCUAAUAAGAUGAUGGCGAGACGCAGAGUGACUCUACGAUCCUGGAAUGCCUCGAACAAGAAUUUCGGUACAGAUAUUGAGUACAAGCCAAUACGCAGUGUUCUCGUCGCUAAUAGAGGCGAAAUCGCAAUCCGGGUGUUCCGAGCAUGUACGGAAUUGGGUAUUCGCUCGGUAGCCGUUUAUUCCGAGCAGGACAAAAUGCAAAUGCACCGGCAAAAGGCAGACGAGAGUUACAUCGUUGGUCGUGGCUUACCUCCCGUUCAGGCGUAUCUCAGCAUACCGGAGAUAAUAAGGGUGGCCAAGGAGAACGACGUCGACGCUGUUCAUCCGGGUUAUGGUUUUCUCUCGGAGAGGGCUGAUUUUGCUCAAGCCGUCAUAGACGCUGGCAUUCGCUUUAUUGGCCCAAGACCCGAAGUUGUUCAGCAAAUGGGAGAUAAGGUUGCGGCAAGAAAAGCUGCGAUCGACGCUGGUGUACCUAUUGUUCCUGGUACAGAUGGUCCUGUGACAUCCUCCGACGAAGCGAUGGAAUUUUGCACGAAGUACGGCUUACCAGUUAUAUUUAAAGCGGCUUAUGGUGGGGGUGGACGAGGUAUGAGAGUCGUGAAACGAAUGGAUGAAGUACGCGAAUUAUUCGAUCGUGCAUCGUCCGAAGCGAAAGCUGCUUUUGGCAAUGGUGCCAUGUUUAUUGAAAAAUUCAUUGAACGACCACGUCAUAUCGAAGUUCAGUUACUUGGUGAUCACGCAGGCAACGUUGUUCAUCUUUACGAACGCGAUUGUUCCGUUCAACGUCGGCAUCAAAAGGUUGUUGAAAUAGCCCCGGCGCCAAUUCUUGAUUCAAAAGUUCGAGACAGGAUGACGGAAUAUGCUGUUAAGUUAGCCAAACACGUAGGUUACGCUAACGCGGGAACAGUGGAGUUUUUGGCCGACGAAACUGGUAAUUUUUACUUUAUCGAGGUAAACGCGAGAUUGCAAGUAGAGCAUACAGUGACGGAAGAAAUUACCGGUAUUGAUCUUGUUCAAUCACAAAUUCGAGUGGCGGAAGGUAUAACUUUGCCCGAAUUGGGCAUGACUCAGGAGAAAAUAAAGCCCCAAGGAUUUGCCAUUCAGUGUCGAGUCACUACCGAGGAUCCCGCAAAAAGCUUUCAACCCGAUACCGGCAGAAUAGAAGUAUUCCGCUCGGGAGAGGGUAUGGGUAUUCGUUUGGAUGGUGCUUCGGCCUUUGGUGGUGCCAUCAUUUCCCCCUAUUACGAUUCCCUUCUCGUCAAGGUCAUCGCCCAUGCUGGUGAUCUUCAGUCAUCUUGCGCAAAAAUGAACCGAGCCCUUCGCGAGUUCCGUGUUCGCGGCGAAAAUGUCCUGGAGAAUCAAAAGUUCUUAAAUGGCAACAUCGACACGUAUUUCAUCGACGAGAACCCGCAGCUCUUCCAAUUUCAGCCAAGUCAGAAUCGUGCACAAAAGCUUCUGAAUUAUAUUGGUAGUGUUCUUGUGAAUGGGCCGAGUACUCCCCUUGCGACCCCACUCAAACCUGCCGAAAUCCGACCGAAUGUACCACAAAUAGCCAUAGACUAUGCUAAGCUUGCAGCAGCCGAGGAGUCGGAUCCAGACGCACCAGAUAUACAAAGUCCUCCGAAAGGCUUACGGCAAGUCUUGACAGAAAAGGGCCCGGAGGCCUUUGCCAAGGCCGUUCGUCAGCACAAGGGUCUAUUACUUAUGGACACGACCUUCCGCGACGCACAUCAGUCACUCCUGGCGACACGAGUUCGCUCGCACGAUCUCUUGCUCAUUUCGCCCUUCGUCGCCCACAAGUUCCACAGCUUGUACGCGAUGGAAAACUGGGGUGGUGCCACUUUUGACGUGGCCCUUCGCUUUCUACACGAGUGUCCUUGGGAGCGACUUGAGGAUAUGCGUAAAAUUAUACCGAAUAUUCCGUUCCAGAUGCUGCUGCGAGGUGCCAACGCGGUUGGCUACACCAACUAUCCAGACAACGUAGUCUUCAAGUUCUGUGAGCUUGCAGUGCAAACGGGAAUGGACAUUUUCCGUGUUUUCGAUUCUCUCAACUACAUGCCUAACUUGAUUCUUGGAAUGGAAGCGGCUGGCAAGGCUGGUGGAGUCGUGGAGGCCGCGAUAUCGUACACGGGUGAUGUGAGCGACCCAAAUCGUACAAAGUACGACUUGAAGUAUUACGUUGGACUUGCGAACGAGCUUGUAAAGGCCGGCACGCACGUUUUAUCGAUUAAAGACAUGGCGGGCCUUUUAAAGCCCAAAGCCGCGAGCUUAUUGGUGGACGCCAUUAGACAGAAGCAGCCGGACGUACCGAUACACAUUCAUACUCACGACACUUCGGGAUCCGGAGUUGCCUCGAUGCUCGCCUGCGCCGAAGCUGGUGCGGAUGUGGUCGAUGUGGCCGUGGACAGUAUGUCCGGUAUGACAAGUCAGCCGUCAAUGGGAGCAAUUAUCGCUUCUCUCCAGGGCUCAGCCCAAGAUACGGGAUUCAAUUUGAAGGAUAUUUCGGAGUACUCGGCUUAUUGGGAACAGACUCGCACUUUGUACGCGCCAUUUGAAUGCACAACAACAAUGAAAUCUGGAAAUGCCGAUGUUUAUUUGAACGAGAUUCCUGGCGGACAAUACACGAAUCUUCAGUUCCAAGCUUAUUCCCUCGGUCUUGGAGAGUUCUUCGAAGACGUUAAGAAGGCUUAUAGGGAUGCCAAUCUCCUUCUUGGUGAUAUUAUCAAGGUUACGCCUAGCUCAAAGGUAGUAGGGGACUUUGCACAAUUUAUGGUUCAGAAUAAGCUCAAGCCAAAUGACGUACUUGAAAAAGCCGAAGAACUUUCUUUUCCAAAAUCAGUGGUGGAGUUUCUCCAAGGUGCUAUUGGUGAACCGUAUCAAGGAUUCCCCGAACCUUUACGGUCGAAAGUUUUGAAAGACAUGCCACGGAUUAAGGGAAGACCGGGCGAAAGCUUAGCCCCGUUAGACUUCAAUGCUUUGAAAGCUCGAUUACAAGAAUCUCAUUCGCGUAUUACCGAUAAAGAUGUUAUGUCCGCUGCACUUUAUCCGGAAGUUACGGAAGAUUAUCUCAACUUCCACGAGUCAUACGGGCCAGUUGACAAAUUAGAUACAAGGAUCUUUUUAACUGGACCAAAGGUUGGCGAGGAAUUCGAGGUCACUAUCGAAAAGGGUAAAACAUUAGGUAUAAAAACGUUAGCGAUGGCCGAAGAUCUUACACCAAACGGAGAGCGCGAAGUAUUCUUUGAGAUGAAUGGACAAUUGCGAUCUGUUUUCAUUAAGGACAAGGAAGCUGUUAAGGAGUUACACAUUCACCCGAAAGCGUCAAAGACCGACAAGAAUCAAAUUGGCGCUCCGAUGCCUGGUACUGUUAUCGAUAUACGUGUCAAGGUUGGUGAUAGCGUCGAAAAGGGUGCCGCCCUUAUUGUACUUUCGGCAAUGAAAAUGGAGAUGGUCGUGCAAGCGCCGCGGGCAGGUAAAAUCAAGACUCUUGACAUUACACAAGGAAUGAAACUCGAGGGCGACGAUCUCCUGCUCACAAUUGAAUAAGCCUAAUUUCACUAAUUUCACCUCCUCUGCGCUCAUUGUUUAUUAUGUCCAAGAUAAAGAGUCACAAACUUAUUAGGAAACAAUGAUAACGCGACAAUGCUGUCUCGAUGACUAUUCAUACAAAAAU